AUGCCCCAAGGCCAUGGGACAAGGCAGUCCCGCCCCUCCAGGACCAGCAUAAAAGCCAACCCAGAGCCUCUCUCCCUCACACACUUCUCCACACUCCUUCUGCUCCUGCUCCUGCCAACAACAGGGACCCUCCACACCACAGCCAUGGCCUGCAACACCCUCUGCCAACCCUGCGGACCCACCCCGCUGGCCAACAGCUGCAACGAGCCCUGUGCCCUGCAAUGCCAGGAUUCCCGUGUCGUCAUUGACCCUUCCCCUGUGCUGGUCACCCUGCCAGGACCCAUCAUGACCUCCUUCCCCCAGAACACCGCCGUCGGAUCCACCUCCUCGGCUGCAGUGGGCACUGAGCUCAGUGUGCAGGGACAGCCCAUCUCUGGUGGAUUUGGUGGCUUUGGUGGCUACGGCCUUGGCUACGGCCGUGGAUUUGGCUACGGGCUGGGAGGCCUGGGCUGCUAUGGCAGAAGGGGCUAUGGCUACAAUUGCUAAGGGCCCUCAGCACCUCUCCUGACACCAGCCACCCACUCCCUGGAACACACCUCAGGCAUUGAGGACGCCUCUCUGGGCCAAGGCUCUUCUACGCGCUCCGCGAUUCCUGUUCUUGUGACAACUUAAGGCAACGCCUUAAGAGCGAUGGAGCUUGGUGU